CUUGCCAUAUAAAUAGAACCUCAAUCCAUUUAAAGCUCUUCACAAGCAGGCAGUUGUGCAAACCCUAAAGUGUGAUUUCUAUUCCUCUUUCAAACAGAAGAAAACUAGGGUUUCUUGGGAGUCAAGAUUUAGCCAUAAAAAUGGAGGAGAUGAAGCAAAUCAAGAACGAGAAUGUUCCAAUUCACAGCCAAGUGAUAAAGAUAAAGCAAGAAUUUGAGAUUAUAAGGCAUCCAUCGUUGAAGCAAGCUGAGAUGAGAGGUGUUAUAUGCAAGAUUAGUAGGGAAAGAUCGCGGUCGCCGCUCGGUUUAGCAGAAAGAAUUAUUUCAGUAGGUAACUGAUGAUGAUGAUGAUGAUCAUAGUAGGAUUAUGAUGAUGAUGAUGAAAUUUCUGAACAUAAAUAUAUGAAUUUUCUCCUU